AAACAGUUACUUGGUAACAGAAUAAAGCACCAAUUAAAUUUUGCGAAAACAGACUGAUAAAAAAAAUAAAACUUCAACUGAGGCCACGCUCCGGCGAAAUUAAGCAGUCUUUAUCGUGAGUCAUGCCAUUUACUGUUGUUAUUAAAAGUAAGCAAUGUUAGGCAACGUUAGUACAUUAGCUCUUUACUAUUAACUUUACAGUGUAACUUUAAACUUUAGCUUGCUGGUGUUUACAAAACGUAGCGCCCCGGGCAGUAAUGCUAGUUCAAACAUCAGUUAGCUUUGUGCUAUACUGACCAGACUUGUGAAUUUUCCUGAAAUGCAUCAUAUUUUCAUAGCUAGGUUUCCCCGAACCCUCUAUAUCUUACCAAAGCCACCACAGGGUGACACUUAAGACAUUUUUAUCCCCAAAUGAACCUUUCGUUGUAAUAACCAUACUUCUCUGAAACGUGCAGUUUAAUAUAAGGCAGGUUCCUCUUUCCGAUAAAUUGCCUUAAUUUUAAAUAGCAGAAGUGUUCAAUUGUAAAUUCAUCACCAACAAAUAACUACUUAGUAACAAUCCAAAAGCACUUGGCAAACAUUUGCCAUUGAUUAAACAAAUAGCUGUGUAAAUAACUGAGCAAGCAUUUAAUUAGUCAUGGGUUAUUUGAUUGAUUGACAUCAAACACAGAAGUGAGCACUCCCUUCAGACUUUUGUAAAUAUUUAUUUUCAUAAUACAGCACUGAAGAUUUUGAUACUUUGAUGCCAUGUAUCAAAAUCAGUUUACAGCUUAUGUAACUGUAAAACCAAAAUAACUCAACUCACCUGCUCCCCAUUCACACCUGAUACCUUAUAACGCCAACAAGUCACGUGAUGCCAGGGAGGGAAAAUAUUUAAUUGGGCACAAUUUGGACAUCUUUCCAUUGUGAGGCUUACUCAGUCACAAUGUACCAAAUUAAGUCAGAGGGAAAUGAUCAGGUUUUCCAACGAACUAUGGAAAACCAGCACACUGGGCUUUUUCAGGCACCUCCUGUCGGUUACGUUCUUAACACAAUGCCAAACCUGCCGUCCUCUUCCAUGGGCUGCGUCCAGAUGCCGCAGCCUCCACCUGCCACUGCGUUUCCGCUUUAUGAGGAGAUGUACAACUGUAUGCAGCAGCGUUGGAUGUACUCACUGUCAGGCGUUCCUGCCCAGGUAAAGCAAGACAGUACGCUAACCCUGGCAUCUGUUCCUGUAAGCAGAACCAAAGAGCAGCCAGCAGCAGAGGACAUGGAUUCACUGCAUGGACCAAACAGUUUUGUUAUGGCACAAGUGCUGGAGAAGACUUUGAAGAAGACAGUCUCUUCUUGGGAACGUGGGAUCGGAUACAGCAUGGCUGUAACUGGAGAUGAGACAGAAGCAGGCUCUGUUGCUGCUGGCGACUUUACCAACUCCCAGCUGCGCAACCCCACCUCUAAGCUGUUGAAGACCGACUCCGGGUUUGGGAGUUACGGCCCUCAGAAGCCUUUAGAGGACUCCUUGCAGAAGAGGGAGCUCCGCCUAAUGAAAAACAGGGAAGCUGCGCGAGAGUGUCGGCGAAAGAAGAAGGAGUACGUCUCGUGUCUUGAAAACCGCGUGGCCGUGCUGGAGCAGCAAAACAAGACUCUCAUAGAGGAGCUCAGAGCCCUGAAAGACAUCUACGGACACAAAGUGGAGUGACUGCGUCGCAGAGGAGAUGGGCAUCUUGGGAUCCUGUGGACUUUUGUCUGUUUCAGUGGCGUGUUUUUGAAUGGAGUCUGGAAUAACAAAACGCGCUGACACAAAGCACUCCUCGUCGUUAAUUUUCUGUGUUCACACAAUGAUGUCAGGAUUUCAAGGGUCGUAAUUAUCCAACACCAGCAGGACAAACAAGAGCGCGCAUUAGGAGGGAAGGUUUGUAAGCGCGUGCCGGUGUUUACUGGUCACAAAUGGGUGAGGUUGAGCGAAAAUAGCAGAAGUCACUGCCUUUAUUCACGCCACCAUCUCAUUUUAUUUGUGUCGCAUUCUGUAUUCCGCGUGAUUAGCUCGGCAGGCAUUGUUUUGUAUCGCCAGCUGAUGUUGUGAGAAGAAAAAAACUUGAGAAUGUAUUUCAAGAAAAUAAAUUUACUAUUAUUCCACUCUAAAAACAAAUCUUGAAUUAUAGUUGCAGGAUAUUUCAUAUUUUAGCUGAAAACCAGACUCAAGACAAAUCUUGCUUAUUUAUUUUUGGGCAGUUUUUUUUUUUUUUUUGUCUCAACAGUUUUAUGGUAGAUGUAUAUUUUGUUAAUAAAAUCUCUCAUUUGUUUGGUGAGUGAGGAAACGAGGUUCAUAUUAACAAUACUGUUUAAACCAAUUUUGCCUGCCGGAUUUUGUGUUUUAUUUUGUUAUGUGUUUUUAUUCUCUGCAAACACUGUUUGAUGGGUUUAGUUUCACCAUAUUAAAAGAUCUUAGACUUUUACACCAA